AUUAAUAACUGCAUUGCUUUUCACAAAGAAGAUCUUCUUGGUCUUGUUGCUUGUAACUAGACUAUCUCCCCGGACCCUCAGCCACCAGCUAGAGGCUGCGUCCCUACCACAAUCCAUCCAACACUUCCUUCAUACUCUUAGAUAGAUCAAGGAUCGGCCGUCAUGUCUUCAAUAAGGAACAAGCACGGAUCACUUCAGAUGUACAAGGGCAAGAAAUGGAAGACCUACUCCUUUAAAGUGACUGGAUCUACUUACUUACAUUAUUUCGGGGAGAGUAAGGCCAGUGAACCGAAAGAUCAAAUAUUCCUCACUACAGUAUCUGCUGUUGAAGUCCCUCCAAAAGCUCCUAAAAAUGGCAGCUUUGUAUUUGAAGUCCGUCACUCUGGCAAGAGCUCACCUUGGAUCCUCAGUGCUGAUAGUGAGGAGGAGAGACGUGACUGGAUGGAGACCAUUAAACCAAACAGCACCACGAUGCUACACAGCUCACAGAUCAAGGACAUUCAUCAAAGAAACAAAACCAUUUUAAACCGUGGAGGACCUCCGUCACCCCAACCGGGACAUCAAUAUGGCAACGGGUCGGCUACCAUGGGAACCAGUAGAUCCCCUAGUAUGUAUCAGAGAAGCUCAUUACAAUAUUCUGCAACAGUACGGAACACACACACAGGUGCUACACAAGGUCGUAACUAUUCAGAACCAGCUGUACAACCGUAUCCACAUAAUAAUCCACAGUUCUUGUCCCUCGGAAGGGCAGGAGGAGCUUAUGUAGGAGGAGGAGAGUCGUAUCAAGUAACACAAUCAUUACCGUCCUCACCUUCUCUCUCACCCCCCUCUCCAAUACCUCUCACUCCGCCCGGAGUACAGCCCCGCCCUCCUGAGACGCAGCCACGCCCACACGAGACUGAACCACAGCCACUUCAAAGACCGAUGUCUAUGUCCGACCGUCCACCAAUGCCCGAGCCUCGUCAGUUGAUAAUGGCAGGACCUCCGGCAGAGUAUUUGGACCCACUGCAGCUUAAUAUGCCAGCUGGGAGUAAGAGGAUAAUAGAAGAUAAUGAUGGAGGUACGUGUCCAGUAACACCUAGUGGUGACGAACCCACUCCAACUGGUAAUCAGUAUCUCCUAAUAGCCCCUCCCUCUAAAACAAGACCAGACCAUAAAGAAACCUGUCUAUUAAAAGAUCGUUCAAAACCCAACACUCCACAGUCUCCUCCUGUUUGUGUGACUCCGCCCACUUCUCCUGCAACUAUUGAUCCAAUAUUUGAGACGUUAAAGUCUCAAUUCACAGCAUCACAGAUACAAGCAUUGGUUGAGAUGCUAGCUAAGAUGAAUGAUAAAGGAGGAGGAGGGGGUGAGGCCAAUGUUGGGUAUCUUGUUACAAAGACAGCAAACACACUCAAUGAAUCAAUGUUAGUGACAGAAGAUGAUGAUCCUGACCAUUACAAUGAGAGACCAAAAUGGGCCAAAGCAAUUAAUGAGCAAGUAACAGAUAAUUCAGAGCCACUGCUACCUGAUGCUAGUACAGUCAACAUACCUAGGACAUCAUUAACUAACAUGAACAGGAUUGGAGCAGGUCAUUUCGGUGAUGUGUUCAGUGCCGACUACACACCUGAAGGUUUCGGUCCUGAGGACUCCAUCAAAGUAGCAGUUAAGACAGCAAAGAAAGGAGUCACUGAAGGGAAGAGGAAAGAGAUACUGAGAGAAGUGUCUGUAAUGACUAAUAUGGUCCAUCCUAAUCUCGUGAGACUCUAUGGAACUAAUGAAGAGGACGGACUGCCAUGGCUCGUGCUGGAGUACCUGCCUCAUGGUGACCUCAAGCAUUAUCUACAAAAUUCUCCAACUAAGAAGAGUCCAGACUCACUAGUAAAGUACAUGGUUGAUGUAGCAAUGGGAAUGCACUACAUAGCAGAGAGAGGACUAGUCCACAGAGAUCUAGCAGUUGUAUCAAAAAUAUCUGAAGGAUACCGUAUGCCUACUCCUCGAGGUUGUCCCCCUGUUGUUGCAAGAAUAAUGAAAUCAUGUUGGCACGCUGAUCCUAAAAAAAGACCGUCUUUCCUACUAAUAACUACUUUAUUAACUACCAAAUUCACUACACAACAAGCUACAUCUAAUAGACAGAAUGGGGCGUCGCCCAAAUUGAAUGAUAUUAAUGUCUAUAUGUAA